CAGCUUCCUCUUCAAUACCACGUCUUCGAAGAAUCUCAGGGACAAUCAUUUGUGGUUUUCGGUUUUCAUGAGACCAGCAAGAAGCAGAUUCACCAGGACUCAAAGGGUCUCCAGUUGUAUGGCAUUAUUGUAUUUGUCAAUGUUGACAAAUGCAAUGUGGUAUGGAACAAUCCCGCAGAAAACGGGACAAGGCACUCUGAAAUUCGGCCCGUUUUGCAUCAGUCCCGAGCAGAUUGGAGUUGGAUUGAUGUCAACAUUGGUUUGCUUUCCACCGACUUUGCUCAUUAUUCAACUGUUCAGGAAAUCAAGGCCCAGGAAGCUGCGGAAAUCUAGGAUUGACGAAGCUCUGAAAAUUGACGGA